GUCGUAUGCAAGGCCAAGGGCUCGGCACGGGCCCCAGCAUUCUCCUUGGAGGGGGACUACAUCAUUGGAGGAGUUUUUUCUAUUCACUACUACAUGCACACUUUCAUUCACAACUAUACAAGCAAGCCUGAACCAGUGCGGUGCACAGGAAGUGUUGACUCCCGUGAGCUGCGUUUCGCCCGAGCCAUGGUCUUUGCUAUCGAGGAGAUUAACAACAGUUCUGCCCUGUUGCCUGGAGUUACUGUUGGUUACCAGAUCCACGACUCCUGUGCAUCUGUCCCUGUAGCUGUGCAGGCGGCUUUCCAGCUCGUCAAUGGACUUGCCCCAGAGUACUACCCGGACCAGCGCUGCUCUCAGUCUGGAAUGGUGAUGGGCAUUGUGGGGGAAUCUGGUUCCACACCGUCUAUCAGCAUGUCCCGAGUCGCAGGGUCAUUCAACAUACCCCAAGUGAGCCACUUUGCCACGUGCGCCUGCCUGUCUGACAAAGAGCAGUAUCCCAGCUUCUUCCGAACAAUUCCCAGUGACAAGUUUCAGGCUGAUGCUUUGGUCAGACUGGUCAAGCAGUUUGGAUGGACUUGGAUUGGCACUGUCUAUUCAGAUUCGGAUUAUGGGAAUAAUGGCAUGGCAUCUUUCCUGUCAGCAGCACGUCGGGAGGGCAUCUGUGUGGAAUACUCUGAGGCAUUCUAUAGAACAUACUCACACAGCAGGAUCCAGAGAGUGGCACAAGUCAUACGCAGGUCCACAGCCACAGUAGUUGUAGCGUUUGCAGCCUCUGGAGACAUGCGUAUUCUGUUGGAGCAGCUGUGCCAGGAGCCUGUUCCGUACCGGCAGUGGGUGGGCAGUGAGGCGUGGGUGACAGACCCCGACCUGCUACGCUUCAGCUCCUGUGUGGGGGCUCUGGGGCUGGGCAUCCAACAGUCUGUGAUCCCUGGUCUGAAGGAGUUCUUAUUAGAGCUGCCCUUCUCCACAGUGAGUGCCUCUGCGCUGCUGAGCAAGUUCUGGGAGGAGGCGUUCAAAUGCAGGAUGCCCACAAAUGCGGGUCCAGAUGAUACAUUGUGUGAUGGGAGUGAAGAUCUAAUGAAUCUUGAGAGCCCAUACUUAGACACGUCCCAGCUGCGCAUUACUAACAUGGUCUACAAGGCUGUGUAUGCUAUAGCACAUGCCAUUCACAAUGCACUGUGCCAGAAUACCACCAAUCAGUGCGACAAAUUCAUUCCACUGCAAUCGGCACAGGUUCUUGCUCAGCUAAAGAAAGUCAAUUUCUCUCAGAAUGGGUACAGUGUGUCGUUUGAUGCUAAUGGGGAUCCAGUGGCUAUGUAUGAGCUGGUGAACUGGCAAAGAACUAUCCAAGGCACGUUUCAGCUGGAGACGGUUGGGCACUUUGAUGCCUCUCAAGCAAAAGGGCAGGAGUUCAGGAUACAGAAGGUCCUGCAAUGGAUGCGAGGGAGCACACAGGUACCAAUGUCAGUUUGCAGUGAGAGUUGUAUCCCAGGAACCCGUAAAGUUCAACGAAAAGGCAAACCAAUAUGUUGCUAUGACUGCGUUGCAUGUACUGAAGGUGAAAUAAGCAACACUACAGAUUCACCUAAUUGUUACUACUGUCCUGAGGAGCUCUGGCCAAAUCCCGAAAGAGAUUCCUGUUUACCCAAACCAGUGGAGUUCUUGUCUUUUAGUGAAAACCUGGGAAUCAUCUUGGUCGUGUUCUCAGUGAGCGGGGCUUUCAUAGCUAUUCUCACAACAGCGGUGUUCUUCCAACAUAGGAACACCCCAAUAGUCAAAGCUAAUAACUCAGAAUUAAGCUUUUGGCUGCUUCUCUCACUGACUCUAUGCUUUUUAUGCUCACUUACAUUUAUUGGGGCUCCGUCUGAGUGGUCCUGCAUGCUGCGCCACACUGCGUUCGGCAUCACCUUUGUCCUCUGUAUCUCUUGUGUUCUGGGGAAGACUAUAGUGGUGCUGAUGGCCUUCAGAGCCACACUUCCAGGAAGUAAUGUCAUGAAAUGGUUCGGUCCUUUUCAGCAACGAAUGACAGUUGCUGCAUUCACACUGAUACAAGUUUUGAUUUGUAUAAUUUGGUUAAUUGUUAAUCCACCUUUUCCCAUAAAGAACUUAACCACAUUCAAAGACAGGAUCAUAUUAGAAUGUGCAUUAGGUUCUCCUAUUGGUUUCUGGGCAGUUCUUGGAUACAUAGGCCUGUUAGCUUUGUUGUGUUUUGUGUUGGCCUUUUUGGCUCGUAAACUUCCUGAUAACUUUAAUGAAGCCAAGUUCAUCACCUUCAGCAUGUUGAUCUUCUGUGCAGUCUGGAUCACUUUUAUCCCAGCUUACGUCAGCUCUCCAGGAAAGUUCACUGUCGCCGUGGAGAUAUUUGCUAUUCUGGCUUCAAGUUUUGGAUUGCUUUUUUGUCUUUUUCUCCCUAGAUGUUAUAUUAUAUUAUUCAGGCCAGAGAAGAACACAAAGAAACAUUUAAUGAGCAAAUAG